GCAAGAUGGCGGCGCCACAGGACCGGCGGCUGGGACCCGAGCCUGUGGUGCUGAGUCCCGAGCGGCUGGAGCAGCUGCGGAAAUUCAAGAUCCAGGCCCGGAUUGCUAAUGAAAAGUACCUAAGGACCCACAAGGAGGUAGAGUUGCUUCUGAGUGGCUUCUUCAGGGAGAUGUUCCUCAAACGACCGGACAACAUCGUAGAAUUCGCUACAGACUAUUUCACGGAUCCAAGACUUCCCAACAAGAUUCACAUGCAGCUAAUUAAAGAGAGGAAAGUGACUUAAUUAGCAAAAUCACCAUGCUCAGCUGUUGGGAGAGACCAGACGGAACCCAGCCUCGGGGUCAUCUGGAUGCAAAGAGCCCAGCUGCCGUCAGCACGGGUUUGCAGGCUGCCUCGGAUUCUGUCUGCUGUGGCAAAGGCUUUUAAAGAUCCUCAUUAAAAAUAGA